AAUCGUGACCAUAGUCGUCGUCGACGUCUGACUAUAGAUGAGACAGAAUACUUGCUUGAUCAGUUCUAUCUUAACGAAAAACCUACGACCAAAGACCGUCAAAAGAUUGCAGAUCACCUUAAACUUGAUCAGCGGACCAUUCAAGUGUGGUUCCAAAACCGGCGUGCUAAACUUAAA